CUUUUAGAGCUUGAUUCCUCGAUAUCAGAGCUGCAGAUGGAAUUGAAAUCCCUCAUCCACACACGCAGUGAGCUUCAGUGGAGUAUGGAGCACUCAACCGAGAUCCUUAAUCCCGUCCGUCGUCUUCCUGAAGACAUGUUACACGAGAUUUUCACAUAUUGCCUUUCCAACCUGACACCGAGUCGUACUUCCUUCCAUUGUGCAAAUUCACCCCCAUGGAUCCUUGGCAUGGUGUACAGGAUGUGGGGGCAGACUAUGCUAUUGUUUCCACAGCUAUGG